AUGUGGACUCCUAAAGUUGUACCUUUUUUAGUUUUGUGUUUAGUGGGUUUUUCUGUGAGUUCACCAGUACUGCAUAACUUGAAUGAGGGUCGCGGGAUCGGUUCGACCAUUUGGGAUUGGAUAACGUAUCCCUUUACUUGGUGGAGCUAUGGAGAAAACGACAUCUCAGAAAAUGUUCAGUUAGCGUUCUCUUCAAAUAAUAAUGUCGAAAGUAUAGAAAUUGGAAAGAGAAAUGUUACAGUAUGGUGCAACGAUCAAACUUGUACUACUAUGAGAUGUGAUAAAUUCGGGUGUACAAAUUUAACAUGCAAUAUUUAUGACACAGACUUAAAUGGCGAAUGUAGAAUUUAUAAUACGCUACCUUCAGACGAAGAUACGCCUAAACCGAUAGAAACACAACCCAAACCGGUAGAGUCAACAAAACCAAAAGAUCCCGAAAAUAAACCAAUAGAGAUACCAACUAAACCGACGCAGCCAGAGCUUAAACCAAUGGAGGCUGUAGGAAAUAAAACGGAAAGUAUGGAUAAGGUUGAACAACUGAAUAACUCAAACGCAGCACAAAACAACGACCCAUUAGAAGAAAGACCGAUAGAACUAGAAAUGAUGUUAUCGGCAACGGUAAAUGAUACGAAAUCCACAAAGGAUAACUAA